AUGGAUUUGAGAAGUCAAAAUGAAAGAAUUUCGCAGUGGUUAGCUGAUUCUGAAACGGAGUCAAUCCCCGAAGAUCAACCACCGUCAUCGGAAUCUGAAGAAAACAAUUCUUUGGAGACGGAAAUUCACAUCCAAACUGAUGGAAGCGACGAGGAUGGUGCAGUUUCUUCAGACGAUGAGUUUUUCGUUUCACGUCGCAGACAUAAUCGAAGGUUAGUCGUAGAUUCCGAUGAUGAUAUGCCUCUGGUAUCUCGCACUGAUCAGAUGGAUUCUGGUCCUGAGGAACUACCACAGCAGCAAUCAAUCAUCCAACCGAGACAGAAUUUUAUGUACGGAAAAAAUCAACACAAAUGGUCUGCAAAACCUAGAGAUCCACGUACUCAUACGGCUGGUCGUAAUGUGCUCCACAUAAUACCAGGUCCUGCGGGUAUUGCCAAAGAAAUCUCAGAUCCAAAACAACUUCAUCUCUUUGUUGAGGAGGAAAUGAUAGACGAUAUUGUGCAGUAUACGAACGUCGAAAUUGACAUAAAGAGCAAUAAAUAUAAAACAUCUAAAUAUACUACUUCACAAACGUCGCCCAAUGAAAUCAAGGCAUUGCUGGGUCUACUAAUUCAAUCUGCAGCUCUUAAAAGUAACCAUUUACCUACUCGAACUUUGUUUGAUACCUUGAGAAAUGCGAAAACUUACAGAGCCUGUAUGAGUGCAGAAAGGUUUGACUUCAUACUGAGAUGUAUGAGAUUUGAUGAUAGGAAUACUAGGCAAGAGAGAAGGGAGUCUGACAGAUUGGCGCCAAUAAGAGAUUUCUGGGAAAAGUUUAUAGGGAAUUGCAGGAAAUGGUAUAAACCAGGUUCUUACAUAACCGUGGACGAACAAUUGGUUGGUUUUAGAGGUCGCUGUCCCUUUCGGAUGUAUAUCCCCAAUAAACCCAACAAAUAUGGCUUAAAGCUUGUUAUGAUGGCGGAUUCUAGUACGAAGUACAUGUGUAAUGCAAUGCCUUACAUGGGAAAAAACACGAACACAGGUAGCGAGCCAUUAGCAACUUAUUUUGUGAAGGAGCUAUCUAAACCGUACCAUGGGUCAAACCGGAAUAUAACCAUGGAUAAUUGGUUUACUUCGGUUCCUCUAGCAGAAGAGCUGUUGAAACCACCGUAUAAACUCACAGUGGUAGGUACAUUACGAAGUAACAAGCGGGAAAUUCCCAAAGAAAUGGCGAAUACUAGAUCUAGACCAGUCGGUACUUCGGUGUUCGGUUUCGACAAAGAAUUGACGUUGGUGUCAUAUAAACCAAAGCCAAAUAAGGUUGUUUACCUUCUUUCUUCUACACAUGACCAACCUGCUAUUAAUACAGACACAAAAAAAAAACAGAAAUUAUAG